CAGCAGUUGCACACAGAGCAGUCUGCUGGAUGGAUGGAGGGAGGGCGGCUGCCACGAUAAAUGCGCUCUUUCAUUUCAAAAGUGGGAGAAAUCUUCUUAGCAGAGACGCACGACAAGAAAAAGAAGAGGACACGACACGUUCUGCUGUGAAUGUGAAGAGAGCCAGCGCAGAGGAUCAUGGAGCUGUCAGCAGAACCGCGCACAGCAACGACAAGAACAAGAAGUCACCUCAAAGUUCGCGCUUGAUGAGGAGUUUGAUCUUCGAAGACGCGCUCUGGGGACUCCGCGGGGAUCCAAGCCGCCGCUGACGGACUGUUUGAGGAGGUGUUCCACAUUUGUGAUGCUUUAACGAGCUCCUUUUUGGAUGAGACAGGUGCAGAGAUUUCACACAGCAUGGCUCACUGAGGUGCUUCUCCAAUUUGUCUCCAUUAUCGGCAUUUUUGCGCAUUUUGGCACAAGUUUCCAAUCCAGGAGGCACACAUCACGGACAGGAAUCUUCUCUUUUUUAAGUUGUUUAUUAUAUUUUCGUGUGUAUUUAAUAAGUCUGCACUGCCUCAGUAAAACUGAGUCCUGAAGGGAGCCCCACGCACAGUCGACAUGCCCCUACAGCACCGUUUGGCCGGAUUUUACGCAUCUCUUGGGGAAAGAGCGAGCUGAAGAAUUACGUGCGCGCCUGUGUGCGUUGGUGGACAUCGACAUUCCCAACAGCUCAGGGGAGACCACUUUGUAAACAGAGAGGGGGGGAACGACCAGAGAGAGGCUGCUUCCAUUCGUUUUCCUAAAUGGAGCUGCGUAAAUACCUGCUGUGCUUGGAGUUUAUCCUCCUCCUCAAAGAACUGUGUCAGUGUUUCAACAUAGACGUGAAACAUCCGCGAAUCUUCAGCGGCCCAGAAGACGCUUUGUUCGGCUUCUCGGUCUUACAGCAUGAAGCAGACGGAGAGAAAUCGAUGCUGGUCGGAGCUCCGUGGGACGGGCCGCCCAACAACAGGAAAGGAGACGUCUACAAGUGCAUUGUGGGAGAGGAGAAGAACUCAAACUGCAGCAAAGUGAAUCUAGGUGAGACUGCCCUCCAGAACGUCUCCAAGAACCUGAGGAACUCCCACCUGGGCAUGACCCUGACUCCAGACUCACCUGAUGGCUUCUUGGCCUGUGCCCCUCUGUGGUCGCAGGAAUGCGGCACGUCCAUGUUCAGCACCGGCAUCUGCACUUCGGUCAGCGACGACCUGGAACCCAGAGAGACCAUCGCCCCGACUGCGCAAAGGUGCUCCACGUACAUGGACAUCGUGAUCGUGCUGGACGGAUCCAACAGCAUCUACCCCUGGUACGAGGUCCAGAACUUCCUCAGCAACAUCCUCAGCAAGUUCCACAUCAGCUCGGACCAGAUGCAGGUCGGCAUCCUGCAGUACGGCGAGGUGGCGGUCCAUGAGUGGUCUCUGAACGACUACCAGACCACACAGGAGGUGGUGGAGGCCGCCAAGAACAUCAGCCGCCAGGAGGGCCGGGAGACUCGCACUGCAUACGCCAUCCACAUGGCCUGCACCGAGGCGUUCAGCGCUGAGCGUGGAGCGAGGGAUGGAGCCACCAAAGUGAUGAUCGUGGUGACCGACGGAGAAUCUCACGACGGCGAGGAGCUGCCCGACGCCCUGGCAGAGUGUGAGAACAGAAACAUCACCAGAUACGCCAUCGCUGUUCUGGGUCACUACAUCCGCAGACAGCAGGACCCCGACACGUUCAUCAGUGAGAUAAAGUACAUCGCCAGCGACCCCGACGACAAAUACUUCUUCAACGUGACCGACGAGGCGGCGCUCAACGACAUCGUGGACGCGCUGGGAGACCGAAUCUUCACUCUGGAAGGAACGCUGGGCUACAACCAGAGCUCCUUCCACAUGGAGAUGUCUCAGAUCGGCUUCUCCACGCACACUCUGGAUGACGGGAUUCUGUUCGGGAUGGUCGGCGCCUACGACUGGGACGGCGGCGUCCUGAAAGAAGGAACCAACGGACGCAUCAUGCCGCCCAGAGAGGCCUUCGAGAGCGAGUUUCCCCUGGAGCUCAAGAAUCACGCGGCUUAUCUAGGUUACACGGUGUCCUCGGUGAUCGUCGGCGACUGGAGGAGGCUUUACGUUGCCGGAGCUCCGCGAUUCAAACACAAAGGAAAAGUGAUUCUGUUUGAGCUCAGCGACGACGGCGAUGUCAACAUCGUACAGGCCCUCAAUGGAGAACAGAUUGGGUCUUACUAUGGAAGUGAAGUCUGUGGGAUGGACAUCGACCAGGACGGUAUUACUGAUGCUCUUCUUGUUGCUGCUCCGAUGUACCUCGGCUCAGGAAACAAGGAGGCCGGCAGAGUUUAUAUCUACACCCUCAGUGGGGUAAGGCAGCAGAAGAUCACUCCUCACUGCAAGAACUAUCACCUUUUCUCUGGUAAUAACCCACCUCCUUCGUGUUUCCAGGAGGAGGUGUUUGUAUCUAACGGUACCCUGAAGUCGGAGGAGAAGUCCCAGGAUGCCAGGUUUGGUUACGCUCUGGCAGCAGCUCCAGAUCUGAACCAUGAUGGGUUCACUGACCUUCUAGUCGGAGCUCCGCUGGAGGACGAACACCGAGGGGCCGUCUACGUCUACCACGGAAACGGCAUCUACGUGAUCCACGAUUAUAAACAGCGGAUACCGGGGUCGUCGAUUUCCUCGUCUCUGCAGUAUUUUGGUCGCAGUGUGAGCGCUCGCUUGGACUUGGACGGAGACGGCUUGAUAGACUUGGCAGUGGGAGCUCAGGGCAACGCUGUGAUGCUCAGCUCUCGGAGCAUCGUCCAGAUCAAUGUCAGCCUGUCCUUCCAGCCUCACUCCAUCAACGUCAUCCAGAAAACCUGCCAGAGAGGCGGCAGAGAAUCGUCCUGUCUGAACGCCACCGCCUGCUUCACCACCGUCUCACGCUCUCCUGGACCUCACAGCAGCAGCUUCGACCUGUGGGUGUCGGCCAUGUUGGAUGACAGGAAGUUGUCAGCGCGAGCCUUGUUUGAUGAGAGCUCCCACCGCCAGACCCAGAUGUCGGUCCAAGUCCACACGGGACACACCGUCUGCUACAAGCUGCCCUUCCACGUCUACGACACGGCAGACUACAUUCGUCCAAUCAGCUUCUCGCUUCGGUUUAAGAUCAACGACACAGAGAGCGGUCCGGUGUUGGACGAAGGCUGGCCGACGACCGUCAAGAAAUCUAUCCAGUUCUUCAAAGACUGUGGUGAGGACGACGUUUGUACAACGGAUCUGGUGCUGCAGGCCCACAUGGACAUCUCAGGGACGAGACAGAAGCCUUACGUGAUCCGCAGCCCUCGUAGGCGUCUGGCGGUGGAGGUGCAGCUGGAGAACAGACUGGAAAACGCCUACAACACCAGCCUGACGCUGCACUACUCACGAAACCUGCACUUCUCCAGCCUCAGCAUCAGGGAGGACGCCCACCUGAAGAUCGAGUGCACGGCUCUGGGCUCCAACAGCCACUCGUGUAACGUCAGCUAUCCGGUGUUCCGUUCCCAGUCUAAGGUGAACUUCAUGCUGGAGUUUGAGUUCAGCUGCACGUCUCUGCACAGCCGAGUGCAGAUGAAGCUCAACGCCGCCAGCGACAGUGUGGAGAGAGAAGGCACUCUGGAAGACAACAGUGUUCAGCUGCAGAGUUUUGUUCAGUAUGAGCCCGACCUGUUUGUCAGCAGCGACUCUAAUUUGAACCGCUACGAGGUCCAUCCGACUCGGACGGUGUCAGAAGCGAUCGGACCAGAGUUCUACACACACCUCAGGCUGCAGAAUCUGGGCUGCUACUCCGUGAGUAAUCUGGAGCUGAGGCUGCAUCUGCCCUCCGUGGCUGCAGGAGAUCGAGUUUUCAUGACCGUCACCGACGUCUCCUCCUACAACGCCACGGGCGUGAACUGCAGCGUGCUGAGUGAUGCCGUCCAGCUGAAGGCCAAGCAGAGAGACGUUCGCCCUCUUCAUCCCGAAGACAUGAUGCAGGAUGACACGCUGAACUGCAGCAGGUCGUGGUGCACGGAGGUCGUGUGCGACGUCCAGCAGCUUCUGAGAGGCCAAGCCGCCAUCAUUCGGGUCAGCCGCAGAGUCCACGACGACUUCUUCAGAAAAGCCAAAUAUAAGUCGGUGAGGAUAAUAGGUGAGUACCGCGUCACGGCUCAGGAGACGAACCUCAUCACUCUGGGAACGGGAACAGUCUGGAGGGAGACUGUGCUGGAGGUGCUGAAGGGCCGAGCGAUUCCCAUCUCGCUGUGGAUUCUGAUCGGCAGCAUCAUCGGAGGUUUGCUGCUGCUGGCUCUCAUCAUCUUCAUCCUGUGGAAGCUUGGAUUCUUCACGCGCAAACAGAGAGGCGAGGACGAGAACCACGAGGACUGAGCCCGAGUUCUGCUGCCACGACGGCGGCUUUUUACCACAACAGCGAAGGUCCGGCCUCCCAGCGGGCGCCGAGCGAGUCCCGGAGCUGGGAGUCGAGACGGAGACACAACAGGGACCUCCAGGACCAAAGAGAGCAUCGCCAGGGUCCAACAGAAAAGCACUACCCACUAUUCCCAGGAUCGGGGGCACUUAUGUAAAUAAGCUUUGUUUUGGGGUUUUGUUUCUAAUUUUAAGGAAAGUGUAUUAGACCACAGUUCUUCUAUUUAACUUACAGAUUUACAUGUUCAAGGUUUUUACGUUUCAAACAAUCACUCGGUUCUACAGUUUUUGUUAAUGAAAUUAAAACUACUCAAAAGAA